UGCGAAAUUCCGUGACCCGGAAGUAUUUUUUUGUUGCUAACGAGACACUUAUCUAAGGUCGUCUGCUCGUCUUUCACGCUACUGAAAAUGUCAAAAUUACAGGUGUUGAAUGCGUUUCUUACUCAGAAAUUAACAGCGGUGGCUGUGGAGAUAUUUGGGGCAGUGGAGAAAAUGAUAACAGUGUACGAGGAAGAAAUGUCCCGCUCAAAUGAGGAGAGCAAACGACUACAAAGACUACUGGAUUCGGCUUACAAACCAGAGAUAAGAUUACAUAAAACAGAACCCCAGCAGCUCACUGUCCCAGUCCCUGAGGAGGUUCCCUGUGAGCAGGAGUGCAGCCCAGGUCUGGAGCAGGAGGACUCAGACCCUACACAGAUUAAAGAGGAACAGGAGGACCCAGAUCACACACAGAUUAAAGAGGAACAGGAGGAGAUCAGGACCAGACAGGAGGAAGAGCAGCUUCAGGGGCUGGAGUCUGAUAUCAAAGAGUUCAUAUUCACUCCUUCCUGUGUGAAAAAUGACUGUGAUCAGGACCCCCCUCAGCCCUCACAUCAUUCCCAAACCCUAACAAUGCAGACCAGAGAGAGGGACUUAGUAUGCAUCAGCACAACUACAGAGAUGGGAACUGAACCUGAUGGCGAGGGUUACAGAGGAACAGAAUCAAACAGUUACUCUCCACCCGUCCCUGUAGUAAAUGGAGCUCAAUGUGAAGUCAGUGAAAAUGUUAACGGGGCGGUGCCAGUCUUAAAGCUACUACCAGUGUUAAAGCUACUCAAAUCAAAGAGAAUGUGGACAAAUGAGAGACAAAAUUCCAGUACCUCUGCAGAGGGCUGGAAAACUGAUGCGAUGACCAAUCAGAAAUCAGCCAGUCAUGGCAAUGCUGCUCCUUGUUGCAAAGUGUGUGGGAAGUCUUUUAAAUUUCUGGUGGCUUUAAUUAAUCAUGCGCAAACAGUACAUGCAAAUGAUGCAAAACAUAUGUGUGGUGUGUGUGGAAAAAACAUGACCUCUUCUCAAUGUAUGAUAGAACACCAACAAUCUCACAUUGCAGAAAAACCUUUUUGUCAUAUUUGUGGCAAAUGUUUCCAUUGUAAUGCUAAACUGAGAACGCAUAUGCGUGUCCACACAGGAGAGAGACCAUAUUGGUGCCAAAAAUGUGGCAAAGGCUUCAGGCAGCAGCAAAACCUGAAAGAGCAUAUGAGGACUCAUACAGCGGAGAAACCGUAUAGGUGCGAAGAAUGUGGCAAAUGCUUCAAACACUCGAGCAGCCUGACCGUGCAUAUGAGGAACCACACGGGGGAGAGACCAUAUAAGUGCCAUUUUUGUGAGAAAUCCUUUGUCUCAGCAAGUAAACGAAGUCUCCACCAACGGAUUACAUUGGAAAGAACUGGAAACUGUUUCAGUGCAGCCAGUGCAGCAGAAGCUUUAGUCAUGUGGGGACCCUGAGAAAGCACAUGAAGAACAUGUACAAACAGUGCCCCCAAUUCCAAACCAACACCGCACCCCAAGCGACUCACGUUGCGUUCCAACCAAUGUUGUUGAACUUAAAGAGGGUCACUUUCAGAAUGGAGAUUGUAAUUAGCCCCUAACCCCUCAAGAAUUUUCACUGAUUCAUCUUUGGGAGAACAAUGAAAUCUCCUGCAGUGAUCAUUCAGUGACAGAAGACAUGUAAUGUACACAGAACCAUGUAGUGUGAUACAUUUAAAUCUUAUCCAGAGUGACUUACAUUUAUUGCGUUCAUCUUAAGGCAAGGUUUCCCAAAGUAGGUCCUAGGCCUCCCCGAGUGCACGUUCUUUUUUUGUUGCUUAGCACUACACAACUGAUUUCAAAUCAUCCAAGUUUUAUGAGUUGUUGGUUAUUUGAAUCAGCUAUGUAUUGCUAGGGGGAAGAAAAUAAAAAAAGUUCACCCAGGAGAAACCCUUUGAGAAACCCUGUCUUAAGGUAACUAGGUGAGACAAGACCAUAUAUCACAGUCGUAUAGUAAACAAACAAAAAAAAAUGUUUAAAAGGUGAAGAUGCUGUAAAUCUACAUAAAUGCAUAUAGUGACCACUGAAUUGCUGUUACUGUAGGAUAGACAGUCCUACACCCUUCCACAUUCUGUGAUAAUUUAUUUUUGAAUUCAUUGUUUGUCCAUAUAUUCUCAGCUUGGUAGACAAAAAACAAUCUGUGCUGUCAUGUAGGAUGUUUAGGAUGUUCAUGUAACGGUGUUGUUAUUGAGGCAUAGUUUUACUUUGUCUGUAAUAUCUCUGCUGUGAGAAAAUGGAAAAUAAGUUUAAAAAAAUAAGCGCUCCUUUGUCUUUUGCCGCCAUGCAGCUUAGCAAAUGUUAAAAUAAAAUAGAUAUUGAAUUGAAAUAAUAAAAAAUAUGUUUUGGCUUUA